CCUACCUUCAGUUGGUUACAGGUUUUCAUAAAUGCACGGCGAAGAUAAUGGAUAUCGACGCGUUAUGUUUCAUUUAGUACUCAUAAAUAAUGAAGACAUAUGGCACACAAAAGAGCUCGGCACAUGUAAGAGUUUACUGGCUAAAGUUGAUGGAAUAUUCCAGUGCAAACUGUGUCCAGAAUCAACGUCACGACGGUACAAUGUCAAGGAAGGACACAUCAACAAGCACACACAACAUGCCGUCAAAGUUGGGGAUUUAUGGGUGUUAAGCUGCUUUUUGGAUUGUACUCCGAAACAAGACCGGUGCCAUUACCACUGCCCGUGUGGUAAACUCUUCCGGAGAAAGUUCACAUUUGUCCGACUCACGACCACGGUUUGCCCUUUUGUUCUGACAACAAACCAGACAGCUUCUGAGGAAAGAACUUCAGCAGAGUCCCCUAAAAUCCAAAAAGUGAAGAGAGAGCAAGUUCCGAAAGUGACAUGUUUUGUCUGCAAUGCAAUGAUCUCUAAGAAAAACAUUAAAAGACAUAUUGAGACACACAAUGCACGAGAUGAAGUGAAAACCAAGUCAUACCAACGUGGAAUAUGCGUUGAUAAACACCGCGGUCUCUACAUGAUCAGCAAGUCCAGUAUCGGUCCAGAUUACCCACUUCAUGUACAAAUGAACACUGUCACACAGCAGAUACAAUGUGAACAUGAAAAUUGCAAUUUAGCUUUGGGUGUUGCAGCAAGGGGCAAUGUAGGUAUUUAUCAGUGCCACCAUUUGCAAUCAGUUAUCAUAAAGAAGUGCAAAGCGUGCGGUCACUUCUACAGGUACCAAGAGCACAGGGAUGGUAUACACAAUUUUGACGACCACGUGUUCCUGUCAGUUCGCCUGUGCCACUGGUUCAGAGUUAACUUGAAGAAUCAUACAGCCGUUGGAAGGGCUGCCGAUAUCUUAUCAGAAGAUUCCGGCUUACAUUUUCCCGGAGACAAAAUGUUACAGGGAUAUCUGCACUUUGAGGCAAUGUGCGAUCACAAGUACAACUUUACCUGUGACAUCUGUGGCCGUUUUCCAUGUUGCCUGGUGACAGAUGCAAAUAGGAAAUGUGCAUUUCCAUUAGCAUUGUCACAAGUACCAGGGACAGAAACAGCUACAGAUGGAAUCAACAUGGAUGUGUUUUGGAGCCAAACGGUGGAGGCGUCUAUUUUACUUCGGGGUUUUGGAAAAGAAGCAGCCAACGUCGGGCGUGUUACACCUAGUUAUGACAACUGGGCUCCUUUCAUUGGAUUAGCCAGAAAAGAUGAAAAUGCUUUCAACACUGAAGCUGAAAAAGUUCGAUCUCUCAGAACCCAUCUUCGAGAUACAGAUUUUGAUACAGGGGAUAAGGAACUGACUGAAGAUUUCCUGAUCCAAAUGUUAUGUGAAAAGAAGGAUCUGGAUGUACGGCACUGGUGUACAAAGAUGGAAGUAGACGCCAAAGGGACCAAAUUAGAGAUGAUCAACAGCUUGAAGGAAAAGUUGAAAAGCAAAUCAACCUUCAACAAGUUAUUUUCAAGCAUAUGGGGCCAUUCUGGUGGAUGGGUAUCAGCGUCCUGCCCCCAUAGAAUAGUGUACGCAUUCAAAGCUAUUCUGAGGCCUGAAAGUGUCAGAGACCAUGUCGACAUCAUUCUAUCUAUGUCAAGACAACCGCCAGUCAUCAUUAGUGACGUAGCCCCAAUGAUGUCACGCCAUGGUAACAAGCGGCGGAAGAACAUGUUCUCGCCCAACGAAGGACGCUUGGGUGAAGCGACUGCAGACAACAUAAAAAAAGCUAAGGAGGGGGUAUUUUCAAAGAGUAUACCUUGCAUGAAGGAAUGGGUGACAGUAGCACCAGUCUCCGACUAUGAUUUGCCAACCUCAAAUGAAACGUUCUGUUUGCUGGAUAGGUUUCAUGAAGGGAAUACAAAAUCAGAUGAGGAACUCCUAAGGCGUAUAACGUUUGUUCCCGAAAUGAAGGGCUCAAUAAAUUCACAAGUUGAAGAGCAGCUGCACAGGGAAAUGAACCGGAACAACUACUUUCUAGAUGCGAUGUCGCCGGGAAACUACAUGUUUGUCCUGCGAUUGCUUCUACAUUUUCACAAUGAACAUACAAACAGGAAAAUGACAGAAGCAAUCAAAGGAAAACUGUACACAGACAUUUCGUAUGGUGAAAUACGUCAUGACAAGUUUGGCCGCCUGCAUCUUUCAGAUUUGGACAAUGCAGCAGAAAAAGAAG